CUGGAAGGGUAAAGGCAAGAGAGUCACAUUGCUGUCUGACUCAACCUCAGUUUGCAGUUCUGUUGUCUCUGGUCAGUAGUUAGACAUUUACAGCUCCUUUGUUGCUGAUUGUAUGAUUUUCUCCAGCCUGGUAGAAGAUGGUGGGCCUGGCUGCCUCUUCAGCAGCUGUUGCUGCAAUGGAGCUGUUGGUGACUGAGCUGAACGUGCUGCUGAAACUGCUGGACCAUGAGACCUUGAGUUCUGCUACAGAAGAGAAGAAGAGUGCUGUGAGGAACCUGCUGAAACAGCUGCAGCCCUCAGUUAAUGGAACAGAUUACAUGUACAUGAACACAUCCACCUACAGAAAUGGGACUAGCUUUGUGGAAUCCCUCUUUGAGAAGUUUGACUGCGACCUCGGUGACCUGAAAGUUGAAGUAGAAGAGCAGAAGAAAGACCCAAGCCAACCACACCAAACAUCUCCACUGAAACCUAGGACAGCGGACUCACCACCUCCCCUGCCCAACACCCCUCCUCCAGAGGAUUAUUAUGAGGAGGCUGUGCCACUCAGCCCAGGCACCAUGCCAGAGUACAUCACCAGUCGCAGUAGCUCAAGUCCUCCUAACUCCAUUGAGGAUGGGUACUAUGAAGACGCAGAUAACAACUACCCCACUACCUGCAUGAACGGGAGGCGCAAAAACUCCUAUAAUGACUCAGAUGCUCUGAGCAGCUCCUACGAGUCGUAUGAUGAGGAAGAAGAAGAGAAAGGUCAGCGUUUAACUCACCAGUGGCCCUCAGAAGAGAACUCUAUGGCCCCAGUGAGGGACUGCCGCAUUUGUGCCUUCCUGCUGAGGAAGAAGCGCUUUGGCCAGUGGGCCAAACAGCUCACUGUCAUCCGUGAGAACAGACUGCAGUGUUACAAAAGCUCCAAAGACCAGUCUCCCUACAUGGACCUGCCACUCAACCUGUGUAACGUAAUCUAUGUGCCGAAAGAUGGGCGGAAGAAGAAGCACGAGCUGCGCUUUUCCCUGCCUGGGGGAGAGGCCCUGGUGCUGGCCGUCCAGAGCAAAGAGCAGGCUGAGAAAUGGCUCCGGGUGGUGCGUGAAGUAAGCAGCCCAGGGAAUGCAUUGGACAGCUCGACAUCUCCCAUGAUCCCCAGAAAGAUAGAGUUGGACAAGAGACUGUCUGCUGACUCGGACAGUGUGCCUCAUGCAGAGAGUAGCCGAGAGUGUCGGGAAAAUGGUAAGCCCAAGCGAGGUGCUCUUUCAGAGUUGACUGGCACAAUGAGCAGAGCAGCUGGGCUUAAAAUCACCAGGAUCAUCAGCUUCUCUAAACGAAAGCCACCUCUACCUGGAGAUACUCGAACUCCAUCUUUUGAUGAGGACCUUCGUUGUGGUUAUCUGAGUGUUCUAGUGAAUCAGUGCUGGAAGGAGCAGUGGUGUAGAGUGAGAUCUGGCUCCCUGCUCCUCCACCAGGAGAAGGGUAUUCAGCGCAGCCCCCACACCACCAUCACCCUGCGCGGCUGUGACGUGGUCCCAGGGUUCGGGCCCAAGCAUCCGUUUGCCCUGAGAAUACUGAAAGGAGGCACUGAGAUGGCAGCGUUAGAGGCAAGCUGCUCUGAAGAGAUGGGUCGCUGGCUGGGUGUGCUGUUGGCAGAGACCGGAUCUUCUGCUGACCCAGAGUCCCUGCACUACGACUAUGUGGACGUGGAAACCAUCGCCAACAUCCGUACAGCCGCCCGCCAUUCCUUCCUAUGGGCGACCUCCACAGAUUCAAGGACGUAUGAUGAGGUCUCUAAUGAAGAAGCAGAGCAGGUGAAUAAGCGGCUCAAGGAUAGCUCUCUGGUGAAACGCCGCUCUGCCAGCAGUGACAGAAGCAUGACCAAGCCCCAGAUGAGCCUCAAGCGCCACGGCUCCAACGCGAAUCAGUAUGGACGGUAUGGGAAAACGCGGGCUGAGGAGGACGCACGUCGCUACUUGAGAGAGAAAGAGGAGCUGGAGAGAGAGAGAGACAGCAUCAGGAACACGCUGGUCUCACUGCGCAAGGACAGGCGAGAAGCGAAGGAGAAGAUGAAGGGGGCAUCAGACAAGCAGAGGCUGGCUCUAGAGAAGCGCGUGGCCCAGCUGGAGGAGAGCUGCCGUCUGAAAGAAGGAGAGCGUGUGGACCUAGAGCUCAAACUCACCCAGGUUAAGGAGAACCUGAAGAAGUCUCUGGCUGGAGGAGCAUUGGGGGCACCUGUUGAGACAAAGCCCUUAAGCAAGAAGAAUCAGAAGACUGAGAUGCAAUACAUUGAGUCUUUCCUGCCAGUCAACUGCGCUUCCGAAAUGCGCAAGCGCCCCCCAUCCAUCUACGCAUCUACUAAGGGAAACGUCAUGCAGAAGGCCAAGGAAUGGGAAUCUAAGAAAGUGACCUAAAGGAAGUGGUGAUCAGCAACAAAUCUUGGACUGAACAUGUUGAAGUGAACACAAGAACCUGCAGCAAUUCCUUGUGCAAACACAUACAACUGCACAUUGAAUAACCUUCAAUUACUUACCCUACUGAUUGUCUAUGACAGUAUGACCGGGACAUUCCCAUUUUUGGGGAAGGAGAGUGAGUUCCAAAUAUUAAAAUUGUAUUUUCUUUUAGUUAAUUGAACCAAACCAGACAGACAUGACAAAGCAAAACCUGCCAAGUCAUAUCACCAUCUUACCUUGGAAACGCAUGGCAACUUGCCAGACUUGUUUCACCUAAUUUCUCAGUGAAUUGUAUCUAUCCAGGGCACCAGUAUGGAAUUAGGUUGUUUAACAGGCCUAUAGUGACAGAAGUAGACUCCUAAAACCGAUUCAGGAAUACGUGUUCUGGUGUCAGUCAUGUAAGACAGUUGUUAAACUGCAGGCAAUAUAAAUGUUGCAGGGAAUAAAUUAAUUUCGAUAUGGGAGAGAGUGAAAGUGCCUGAUCGCUGUCAGAGUAUGUUAGCAAGUUUGGGGAGGUUGUUUAAGAAAAAAAGCAAAGAAAUAUGCAGAAUUUAAGAAGAACAUGGGGUGAUCCACUUGAUUUUGUACUUAAUCACUUUAGGAGGGAUCAUGACUGCUGUUUUGUAAAUAAUGUUUUUACUAAUUUGUGACAUUUUAUGUCUAAAAAGGCUUUCUUCAAGGACCUUAACACAACCGGUGCUAUUAAUAUUGUGCCUUGACAGUUUUACAUGCUUAUUUGUGUGCUGUAACAAAAUAACAGCAUAUGGUGCAUUCCCUUUUUACUUAUCCACGUCUUUUCACCUGUCAUCCCCCCCCUUUAAUAUCACCAAAACUGCCAUUUUAAUGUGAGUAACACUUGCACUUUAUUGUCUAUUGACAUGGAGAUGGAAAAGGGGACAUUUAUAAUAAAAUGCAUAAUUUGUGUAAUGUGA